CGAGAGGCGUUUAAUGGGGCGGUCUCUUAAAUGGUGAAGAGAUUUGAGAGGCUUUUGUUUUUGUUUCUUGUUUUGAUUGCGCCAGAAGUCGAAAGGGAUUAAUUGGGAUUAGGGUUCGCUCAUUUUGGAUUUUUCUGGUUUUGGAGUUACCUGGCGAGCAAAAUCUCGAUUUGGAAGCUUCCGACUGUUUCGGUCUUCGUCCAGAUUUGUCCGCUCUGCUGGGGUGAUUUGGGGAGGCUUACGACGGCGUAGAUUUGGAAAGGAGCAGCGUCCUGCCGAGCCGAAAAGUUUGGAUUUGGAAGGAUUUCAACGCCGUCGUCGAGCUUUUAUGAUUUCAAGGUGUCGGAAGGCCGAUCGCUGUGACGCUUCUUCGGCGAUUACUACGUCGUCGUUGGUUUGCUGGGAAAUUGACCACCCGCAGGUGAUCUUCGUGGGUUGGUAAAGGAGAGGUUUUUUUUUUUCUGAUUUCAAAAGAAUCUUCAAGGCCUUUUCUCGACGUCUUUGUCGAUUCCCGUAACGAGACACCUUGUUGAUGCCGAGAAGCUCUUUUAAAAAUUUUUAGGGUUUUUUAGCAAUCUGAUUUGGGAGUAACGAUUCCCGUAACAGUGCCUGGAUGCCUUCUAUUAUUUCCUCGCCUGUUCUCCUCCCGUUUACUUUGGAAAACGACCUUUUGCUUUGUGAGAUCGAGGGCAACAGGGUAUUCCGGGGUAUAAAGAGACGGCGACAGUAAAGAGCAAGAAAAGUUGUAUUUCUCUGGUCGGUCAAAGUGAAAGCAUUUCAUCUGUUGGGUCAAAAGCGUCUUUUUCACGAUGGCUUUAAACGCAGAAAACAAGACUCCGUGGUGUAGUUCAGAUGCUUGCCGUCUGCAUUAACUUCCUUCAACCUCAGUUGAAUAGUGAAGGAAAAGACCUAUUUGUUUCUCUGCUUGCUUUUUCUUGCCUUACUGUGACCCAUACUACUAAGCACAACCUGGAGAAUUUGUCAUGGAGGCAAGGGCUUAACUAAGAAAGUUCUGGUCGAGUUAGGGAGAAAUGAGUACCAGCCAGCAACACAAGCGGGGGAAGACUGUUAAGGGUCUUGGUGCUACUGAGAAGGUUGUUGUUGCAGUGAAGGCUUCAAAAGAGAUCCCCAAAACAGCCCUUGUAUGGGCUUUAACACAUAUUGUUCAGCCUGGUGAUUGCAUAAUGCUUUUGGUUGUGGUUCCCCCACACAGUUCGGGUAGAAAACUAUGGGGAUUUCCAAGAUUUGCUGGAGACUGUGCCAGUGGCCAUAGGAAAUCACAACCAGGUACACCUUCGGAGCAGAAGUCUGACAUCACUGAUUCUUGCUCUCAAAUGAUGCUGCAACUUCAUGACGUUUAUGAUCCAAACAAGAUAAAUGUCAAAAUAAGGAUUGUUUCUGGAUCACCUUGUGGUGCUGUGGCAGCAGAAUCCAAAAGAGUCCGGGCGAACUGGGUUGUGUUGGACAGACAGCUGAAGAACGAAGAGAAGCGUUGCAUUGAUGAGCUACAGUGUAACAUAGUCGUUAUGAAACGUUCCCAACCUAAAGUUCUUCGCUUGAAUCUAGUAGGAUCCAAUAAUGCAGAUCCCCAAUUGCUUUGUCAAGUGCCUUCUGAAUUAGACACAUCUAAGGCUUCUGCCCGCACCAAAGAUUCUAGAAAAUCUAUUAGAGGACCGGCUGUCACACCCACUAGUAGCCCUGAAGUAGAGACAUCAUUUACUACUACUGAAGCUGGGACAUCUUCAAUGACAAGCUCAGAUCCUGGAACCUCUCCUUUUUUUGCCGCUGAAACAAUCAGUUCUUCUCGGAAAGAAGAGCAUGUAACUACAAAAGAUAUAAGGGACAUAGAUAUAUCUACCUCAGAUUCUGAUAGUGAGAGUCUUAGCCCUGGUAAAACAAAAUUUCAACCAUGGAUAGCUGAGAUUUUUGGAGGUGGCCGCCCAUCAUCAAGGGAAAUUCAUGAACGAUCUCCAUCAUUUGAUAGCAAUGCUUGUAUAUCUACAGCAAAAGCGUUGUUGGAUAAACUUUCUAAGCUGGACAGAGAAUCAGAAAUUGGUUCUCUGAGUUAUAAAUUAGAUUUGAACUUCAGUGGGAAUGUUAGAGAAGCUAUUUCCCUCUCAAGAAAUGCACCUCCAGGGCCACCUCCUCUAUGUUCAAUAUGCCAGCACAAGGCACCUAUCUUUGGAAAGCCUCCUAGAUGGUUCAGCUACUCAGAACUAGAACUUGCUACUGGUGGGUUUUCACAAGCAAAUUUUUUGGCUGAGGGUGGGUUUGGAUCUGUACAUAGAGGUGUCCUUCCAGAUGGUCAAGCAAUUGCAGUCAAGCAACAUAAACUUGCUAGUUCCCAAGGUGAUCAAGAAUUUUGCUCAGAGGUGGAAGUUCUAAGCUGUGCCCAACAUCGCAAUGUGGUGAUGCUGAUUGGAUUUUGUGUGGAAGACAGGAGAAGGUUGCUGGUUUAUGAAUAUAUUUGUAAUGGAUCUUUGGAUACUCAUCUCUAUGGUCGUAAUCGAGAAUCGUUGGAAUGGUCUUCUAGGCAAAAAAUUGCUGUAGGAGCUGCUCGGGGCUUGAGAUAUCUUCAUGAAGAGUGCAGAGUUGGUUGCAUAGUCCACCGAGAUAUGAGGCCAAAUAACAUACUUAUAACCCAUGAUUUUGAACCAUUGGUUGGUGAUUUUGGCUUAGCGAGAUGGCAGCCUGAUGGUGAUCUUGGUGUUGAAACGCGAGUGAUAGGAACCUUUGGAUAUCUAGCACCUGAAUAUGCUCAAAGUGGGCAAAUCACAGAAAAAGCGGAUGUGUACUCCUUCGGAGUAGUCUUGCUGGAGCUUGUGACUGGACGGAAAGCAGUUGAUAUAAACCGACCAAAGGGCCAGCAGUGCCUCACAGAAUGGGCACGCCCUUUGCUUGAAGAGUUUGCCAUCGAAGAGCUUGUAGACCCUCGUCUAGGUAAUGAGUAUUCAGAAGAUGAAAUACACUGGAUGUUGCACGCCUCAGCUUUGUGCAUUAGACGUGAUCCUCAUUGCCGGCCUCGGAUGUCUCAGGUCCUUAGGAUAUUGGAGGGCAACUUGAAGGAUUCUUGUUACACUUCAACACCAGGGUAUGCCAACGGAAACAAGAGCGGCAGAAUUGGCCUGAACAACAACUUAUCAAUCCUAUUGUGAAACAAACUUCAGACAUCUUACGAUGCUUCACAAACACUACUCAUCGAGUUAAAUAUUUGGAAAGUUUGUGUCCCAAUAGGUGCAAUGUGUAUUCCUCCUAUAUUCCUACCUUCACUAUUUUUGCCACAUUCUUGAUCUGUUUUUUGUCACAUUGCUAGAUUGCAAUGUAAUAUUAAUAGCUUACGUUGUUAGUUUGCUCAUACUCAGCUUUAAGCACUUUUUUGGGGGUUUUGAAUUGUAUUU